UGCAGCUACAGUUUCUCUACACUUGAUUUCAUCCCUGGCGAUGAAAAAUGAGCCUCUCCCCCACCCCUGCUGCUGCCCUGCACCUCACGCCCCCAGAGAAGAACUUCUUUGCGAGGCAGCCGGUGAAGGUUUUUUUCCAAGUCACAUGAUCCAGGAUGCAGGGGGAGAAUCCUUCUUGGAACAGAGAUGGGCUCAGAACCGAAUCAGAUGAGGAGAGAUAAGGUGUGAUGUGGGGAAGACUAUAUAAGAAUAGACCCAGGGCUGCAGCAGGCACUCAACCGAGUGGUCCUUUCUCAAGACACAGCCAUGCAUGUGCCCGCGGGCUCUGUCGCCAGCCACUUGGGAACCACGAGCCGCAGUUACUUCUACUUCACCACGACAGUUCUGGCUCUGUGUCUUGUCUUUGCUGUGGCAACCAUUAUGGUGUUGGUAGUUCGGAGAACGGACUCCAUUCCCAACUCACCAGACACCUUCCCUCUUAAAGCAGGCAACUGCUCAGAGGACAUCUUAUGUAUCCUGAAAAAGGCUGCUCCAUUCAAGAAGUCAUGGGCCUAUCUCCAAGUAUCAAAGCACAUAAACAAAACUAAAUUGAAUUGGAACAAAGAUGGCAUUAUGCAUGGAAUCAAAUAUCAAGAUGGAAACCUGGUAAUUCAGUUCCCAGGUUGGUACUUCAUUGUCUGCCAACUGCAGUUUCUCGUCAAAUGCCCAGAACAUUCUAUUGACCUGAAGUUGGAGCUUCUUGUCAACACAGAAGUAAAAAAGCAAACUCUGGUGACAGUGUGUGAAUCUGGAAUAAAAACCAGAAACAUAUACCAGAAUCUUUCUCAGUUCUUGUUGGAGAACCUCAAAGUCAACAACACCAUAUCAGUCAACGUUGAUAAGUUCCAGUAUGUGGAUACAAACACUUUCCCUCUUGAAAAUAUAUUUUCCAUCUUUCUAUACAGUAAUUCAGACUGAACUAUUUCUCUGGCCUUCAGGAAGAAAAGGUGACACUUAACCAUCCAAACAUUUGGACAUUCGGGCAAAAUUAAAUUAUUAGAAUAAAAGUGAAGUCACAAAGGCAAUUAAACAAUACACCUUUCCUCUUAUCUCUUAUGAAGAUACAUCUCCCAGGAGAGAGAGAGAGAGAGAGAGAGAAAGGACUUUGAGUGAAGUAUCUUUCUGACAGAAGACAAGAAAGUAUGGUAGGUGAGUCCCACAUGAGAAUCAGAAGUAGAUUUAUGGUCCAUUCUAACCACUGAUUCACUGUAUCACUGAAAGUUGUUCUUUUCUUCUCCUUAGAACUCAGAAUUUAUGUCUAAGAAGUGAAGGGGUUGAUUGUGAAUAUCUUUGAAGUCUCUUCUGUCUUAGAAGACCAGCUUUCUCUGCAUAGAUGCAGAGAUUCCAGACAGUGUUCUGGAAUUCCCUAAUCAAAGGAAGGCCCAAUACACAUCAAUAUGAAACUAAUGGUACAGUAGCAUUUAGCUGUAUAUCACUUCCAUAGAGUCUGAAUUUCAGGACAGAAUACCGAGCAUAUAAACUGAAGGAUCUCAAAUGUGUAAAAGGACUGCCAGCUUCAAUUCUAAGAGACCUUCUCUGUGUUUGGAAGACCAUCUGUCUAGACCUGACUCCAUCCCAGUUGAGUGUUACAACAACAGACAGAUUUUGUUUUCUGUCAGGAAAGUUCUAUGUAUUCAUCAAACACUCAACUGGCAUUGAACAGUAAAGGUGAUGUGUCAGGGAAUAGCCACUACCACCUCCAGUAUUAUUACUUUGUCCCCUUCUUGAACGAUCUCCAGGAAAUCAUUUCUGUAGGAGACUUUAUCAAACCACACAAAGCUGUUGAGAGACAAUGAUGGCCCUGAAAUGUGGUAAGAAGGGCACCUGAGCAAUGAGCAACUUCACUUUGUUGACAUAGCCAAGAGAUUUCUCUGGCCAAAACAGCCUCUAAGUUCUAUCAACUUCAAAACAGCAUGAAAUUUGUUAGAAAGAAGGACAUUUUAUUUGAAUUUUAAUCCUCUGAGCUUAUGCUACAGAGGGAAAAGAGACGAUUAACUGCUUGAUAAAAAAAAAAAAAUAAAUAGAGCAAAGUUUGCAUCUGGUUUUCAAGGAGGGGGAGAGAUUAGAAAAGAGUAAGGACUCAGGACAUUUUAUCAGAGAUAAAUGAAGAAUAAAUUUAAAAGGGAAAUAAAUAGAAGUGGUAAAAUGGAUGAGAGAAGUUUGGAGAAACAAAAAUGUCUAAGGGAAAAGUUGAAGUUACUGUCAAUUCACUGUGCUGAAACAUCUUUCUAGGUCUCCUCUUUGAAAUACCCAGUAAAAUCUGUUUCUCCUUAAUGUGUUCUUUGACUACCUUCUUUAGAAGCAGUAGACAUUGGGAGAGAGAGAUUGAAGUGAGUAAUCCAUGUGGCACAUGGUUAAAAAACAACAAGAAAAACAUAGGUUUACAGACCCAAAUCUAGCAAAUAUAUGGCACCUUGCAUUUGAGUUAUAUCCUAACUCUGUAAGACAAAUAAAUUGUGUUCAAGCCAACUUGUGCAUUCCUGGAAAAGUAUCCACACCAAAGUACGUGAAAAUGAAGUGACUUUUCCACCAUCUCAUAUUCUAACUUUAGUAAAGCUCCAUCUUCAUUUUUCACCAACCAUCCACUGAGCAGAGAUCCUUCACACUGAGAAUGGUUACUUACCACAGUCUCUGAUAAGUAAUGUUAUAAAAGCUGACAGUGGGCCACUGUCUAAUGACAUCAACAUUCUAACUUUUAGAAGAAAUAUUUUUAUUUUUCUGAAAAGUUUGUUUAAAUUUGAAAUAAUAAAUGCAUGCAUGUACAUGUUUCCUUAAAUAUAGAUGUAUAUAUGUGCAUAUGUAUAUGUUUGUUUUGGUAUAUAUGUGUAUGCUAUAUACACAUAUCUGUACAUGUGCAUAUAGUAAUUGUUUUACAGUUCAUCUGUUUAACAUGGGUUGAGGAAAGGAUGUCUGAUUACUGCUCAGGAUAUUACAAAACUAAUGUAUACUUGUAUUUAUUUUUAAUUAUUAAAAAACAGAAAAUAUUUUUCCCAUGCCUCAAAGCUUAUUUAAUAAUUAUGGUUAUUUUACAAUAUCUUCUUUUGCUUCUCUUA